CUGAUUUUGACUACAUUAGUUAUAAUUACGAUUGAACAUUUGUUUUUGCAGUCUUCUUUCGGUUGCGAGUAAUUACACAAAGACAAAUUUAAAGAACGUUUUAAAAUGGACAAUUUGAAGCCAAUAUCAUACUAUUAUGAUAAAGAAUUUUCGAUCGAUCAAUUGGUGGGUCCGAAGAUCUAGUGUGCAUUAUUUACCUUUGUCGUAUACAUUCUAAGUUCCUAAGUGCGUGGGGGUGACGACGAAAACAGGCAAAAUUCUGGCGUUUGGUUUUCUUUUUCCCCUUAAAAUGCUUUCCUUUUCGUCUUUUGUCUUAAAUUCAUCGUGGGGUUUAUUUAAGACCAGUGGAAGUCAGUCUCAGAGACGAGACACACAACGGUUCCCUUCUCAGCUCUAACCCUCCAUCCAAUUUUCCUACUUCCCAACUUUGAGCUCUCUCUCCCAAUUUCAUCCCUCCACUCGCUUGCUCGCCCGCUGCCUCUCCUUUAUCUACGACUUUCCAUUGAAAAAGGUCUGAUCUUUUCCUAUUCCCUUUUCUUUUCCCCUCUUUAUACAUCUCAAAGUUCGUCGCUUUCUGUUUUUCCAACUCAGUUUGUGCGCAUAUUCCGUUGUUUUUUCUCACCUUGUUCACCAUCCAACUCGUAAUCCUUGCUACUCUUGUAUAGGGAUUUGCAUCAGUUCUUUUGGAAGAGACGACCCAAGGGAGAAUCGAGUCCAACAGGUAAUCAUCUGUAAUUUGAUUCUUCUUCUAUCUGGGUUCUGCUGAUUUUGAAUCCGGCUCAGUGGGUUUGCUCAAAAUUGGACGACUGGGGUUUUAGGGUUGCAGCUCUGGUUCUUCUCUUGGAAUUUGCUUGUGGCAAAUCAAUGAUGUUCAUGUCACUCUUCUAGGGUGUUCGAUAUUUUGGUUGUGUUUGGCUUUUAGUUCUAGGGGCAUCCAACAAUUUGGUAGGGCAGCCCGAAUUCCAGUUCCUUGUCCCAACCCAUAAUUCAGUUUGUUCUUUAGUGUACUGUGAAUCAUGUGGGGAGCUCUCAGCUCUGCGUUUCACCCUCUCUAUGGGAGUUGUCAUUGUCACUAGCAUUUGUUAGUUAGUUCUAGCCUUUAACUAUCAACAAAAAAGCCUUCAGAUGAUCAUGAUGUUGGUGAAGAAGCAGUGAUAUCUAGUGGUCUAUAGAGAACCACGUCACAUGGGUUUCAUCCUCUUUAUAUUGCACCUCCUCCAAUCUUUGGCAAUUCGAUUCACUGAAUCUGACUUGGAAGCUUGAAAUGUUUAUGAGUAUUUGAAUAUAUUUUCUGGGAUAAAUAUGAACAGGGUGGUGGUCAUGGAUCAACAAGGGCAGCCUCCUGCAGCAACUGGGGUUGGAACUACUGCUCCAGUCCCCUACGGAAUGUCUCCAUACCAGCCUAACCAGAUGAUACCUUCAGCUGAGUCUCCAGCUCAGUUAGCACAGCACCAGCUGGCGUAUCAGCACAUCCACCAGCAACAGCAGCAGCAGCUUCAGCAGCAACUCCAGAGCUUCUGGGCCAACCAGUACCAAGAGAUUGAGCAGACGACCGAUUUCAAGAAUCACAGCCUGCCCUUGGCAAGGAUCAAGAAGAUCAUGAAAGCCGACGAGGAUGUGAGGAUGAUCUCGGCUGAAGCUCCUGUCAUAUUCGCCAGGGCGUGCGAGAUGUUUAUCCUUGAGCUCACUCUGCGUUCGUGGAACCACACUGAGGAGAACAAGCGGAGGACCCUACAGAAGAACGAUAUUGCUGCUGCGAUCACCAGGACUGAUAUCUUUGACUUCUUAGUGGAUAUCGUUCCAAGGGAGGACUUGAAGGACGAGGUUCUGGCAUCUAUUCCGAGGGCUGGUGGACUUCCAGGUCCGGCUGAACCUGCUGUGCCUUACUAUUACAUGCAGCCUCCACAGGUGAAUGCUGUUGGUGGGAUGAGUGUUGGAAGGCCGGUGGUCGAUCAGGCAUUAUAUGGUCAGCCACCUCGUCCUUACAUGGCGCCACAGAUGUGGCCGCAUCAGCAAGAGGAAGAACAGCAGCAGCCACCCUCGGAUUCUUGAAUGUGGAUUGUAUAAUGGAACUGGUCGUUUGAGACAUGGAAAGAUGUUCCGAGAAAAGAUUUGGUUUUAAAGUAGUGUUUUGGGUUGAAUGUCUUGUAAAAUUGGGCAUUCUUGCUUGGCUGUGUAUUCUGUGGUAUGUUGUUAUGAUUGAUGCUUUUUGUUUUUACUUUGCACCCUCUCCACUUUCCAAUCAUUCAUCACUUGAUUGUCCCAUAUGAUUACAACAAUACACGGGUAUUAACAUG